AUGGCGUCCCGUUCCGCUCUGAUCGCGCUGCUCGUCGUUGUGAGCUCCGUCGCGACGGCCUCGGCGGUCACGUUCAUCGUCGGCGAAAGUAGCGGGUGGACUCUUGGCAGCGUCAACUACACCACCUGGGCCAGUGGCAAGACCUUCGCGGCUGGAGACAACCUAGUGUUCAACUUCGCCACCGGUGCCCACGACGUGGUGGUGGUGGACAAGAGCGGAUACGACGGCUGCUCCACCAGCAACGCCGCCAGCACCAUCCAGAACGGCCCGGCCACCGUCACCCUCACCUCCGGCACCCACUACUACAUCUGCGGCUUCACCGGCCACUGCGGCGCCGGCAUGAAGCUCGCUGUCACCGUCGGCUCCGGCUCCUCCCCCUCGACGCCCCCCACCCCCGGCACCGGCGGCUCGCCCAGCCCCAGCACACCCACCACCCCCAGCGCCCCCGCCCCUGGCACUGGCACUGGCACCCCGGGCAGCGCGUCCGUGCGCCUCACGGCCGGCCCCGCGCUCGCCGUGGCCGCCGCCGUGCUCGUCAAGCUCGCCCUCUUCUGA